GUAGUUUCUGUGCGGAAAUACAAUAUUUACUUUAUUUUGAUUGGCUAACAAACGUGGUCUGAGGAGAUACUGUGCUUUCUUAAGAAGUGGAGAGAAGACAUUGUCGAGAUCUGACUUUCACGAAGUUUUUUAGAUCGACAAAACUCCACAUUCUGCUCUCAGAGUGAAAGAACAGAAACCACCCGCAUUUUCAGGAGAAAUGUACACUGUUCAUCAUGAUGGCUGCACUACUCAGCGUACUGUUUGUCUCAGGGGUGCUGUCUGUAGCUGUGGUUACUUUACCUGAUGUUAAGCUGGGGAGCUCCAUCACCCUCCCCUGUAAACUCCUUGAAGACCCACCUGUGGAGCAGCUGGAUAUGCGCUGGCUGCUGGGUGAACAUCUGGUCACCAGACUGAACCGAGACCAGAUCAUCUACAGCAUCAGCUACAGGAACAGGACCGAACUACCAGCAGGGGGCGCAGGCCAUGGAGAUUUCUCCCUGACCAUCACACACACACAGCAUGGAGACAGCGGAGUGUAUCGAUGUGUGAUGUUCAGAGAGGAGCAGGAGCUCACACUCACAGAGAUACAGCUCUCAGUGGAAGCUCCUCGCUCUCCCAGUGCUGUGUUUGUUAGAGCUGGUGAUGCGGUGGUUCUGCCGUGUUUUGGUCGUGUGGACUGGCUGGAUUCAGAAGCUGAAUUUGUUCAGUGGAAGAGGGGCUGGAAGGUUCUAGAGUGGGAAAAAGGUUCUCUGUAUGUGGAUCCUCAGUUUGCAGGCAGAGUGUCGCUGACCAAAGAGAGAAUUGUGAAAGAUAACGUCUCUCUUGUGCUGAGGAACACUCAACAUGAAGACCAGGGACUUUACCUGUGUUUCUUCAGGAAGGACAAAGUCAUCAAACUUGCUGCACAGAUUAAUCUCACUGUUACAGAUCAUGUGACCCGGUUGGAGGCAUGGUUUGGUGCCUUGGUGCUCCUCCCCCUCAACACUGUAUCUCCAGUGAUUGUGAGCUUCCUGCCUGAUGAAGGGAACGGUUCUGUACGAGUGUGUGAGGUGGAGAAAGAGCAGAUGGAGUGUGGAGCAGCUUAUUCACACCGUACAGAUCUACAGCAGCACUCCCUGGAGUUGAGGAAGCUCUCUAUGGAGGAUUCUGGAACGUUCUCAGUGAUGGAGAGAGAAACACAGCGCACUGUCAGUGUUUCCUUCGUACAGGUGUUCCCUCCAUCUACAGGUAAAACUGUGGUACAUGCUGACUCAAUAAUGGUGCUGAUAAUAAUGGCACCCAUAAUACUGAUUCUGCUGGUGGCUGUGUCCAUUGCUGUGUUCAUGAUGAAGCAUUGGAUACAGAGAUACAGGACACAGGAAAGUGAAACUCACCGGAACCACACUGAUAUCACCAGCUGUAAAUUGCUCAUCAGUAAUGAUAUACAGCUUCAAACUCAUGACCUGAAACACACUGAUAUCACCAGCAGUAGAUCUUCCAUCAGUAAUGAUGUGCAGAUUCAAACUCAUCACCUGAACCACACUGAUAUCACCAGCAGCAGAUCUUCCAUCAAUAAUGAAGUGCAGCUAGAAACACAUCACCUGAACCACACUGAUAUCACCAGCAGCAGAUCUUCCAUCAAUAAUGAUGUGCACCUUCAAACUCAUCACCUGAAACACACUGAUAUCACCAGCAGCAGAUCUUCCAUCAAUAAUGAUGUGCACCUUCAAACUCAUCACCAAAACCAUGCUGAUAUCACCAGCAGCAGAUCUUCCAUCAGUAAUGAUGUGCAGCUUCAAACUCAUCACCUGAACCACACAGAUAUCACCAGCAGCAGAUCUUCCAUCAAUAAUGAAGUGCAGCUAUAAACUCAUCACCUGAACCACACUGAUAUCACCAGCAGCAUCAUACAAACAACAGCAGUUCAUCAUGAGUCAAAAUGACUCUCAGUCAUUUGGAUGGACAGCACAAAUUAAAUGAUCAUUUCUUUAUAAAUGGUUCAUAUUUUGACUUCAUGAUCUACUUUGAUGACAGCAGCACAUAGUACAUACUUUCAUUCUGACUACCAAAAGUUUCAUCAGUAAAGAACACCUAAUUAUAACAAUUCCCAAAAACAUUUUACUGUUUCAGGUAUUUCCAUUUCCUCUGUACACUCUGUAUAGUUCUGGGUCGUGGUUGAUUUGAUCAGCAGCUACUUCACCGCUGAAUGUGAGAUAUUCCUGUUUCUGAGUUAGGUUUAGGGCUGUGAUGUAGGUUUUUUGAUACACUGUAUGGGUUCCCUGCUGACUUUUCAAUCAGAACUGUGGACUGACCCUCAUAAACAAUCCUACUGCACUUUAGCCCUGCAGAAGACUUUGAAGAUACCAGGAGACGUUUUCAUAUUUUACCCCAUAUAGAGGGACAUCCUGUACAUGAAAACUCACACAGAUAUAAUUUAAUUCUUAAACUAUUCUUCACAAAAUCAAAGUCAUGAUUUACAUGAUUAAUGUGUUUGAUAUGUAUAUAUUUACUUCAGAUUUUUUGUUAUGCAAGCUUUGUCACAAUUAUAUUUAAUGUUUUAUAUGUGUCAUAUUUGAUGUUUUUUGUAUAUGUUGAUCAAAAAGUUUUAAAAUGUAGUUUUAAAAUGAUUUUUUACUGACAGUAAAGCAUUUCAUAUUUCUGUAUGUUCUCUCAGGUGAGAAUAACUGCAUUAAAAUAGUAUGGACUGUAU